UGCAGGUCCACAUAGUCGUGUGUAGGCCUAGUGAUCGAUGGGUUCUCAUGUGAGGAAAACCUCAACAAACAAGUCAAAGAAAGCCGUAAUUAUUUCCAGUAGCUCGUGUUCAUUUUCCGUGUUGUCAUUCGUCGUGUCUAUGUGCGGUAUAAUCAUAUGAGUAUUACAUACAUCGAUCGUGCUAACAACUGAAGCCAUAUACAUGGGCAGUGUCACAUGCGUACUGAAGGUUUGACGUUGAUGUUCAAGUAAGAAUGGAAAUGAAGCAAACUGCUGCAACAAGCGACACAGAUCGGGAGAAUGCGACGACUAACCGCAUCUUUACUGCAGCAAAAUCUGGCAAUUUGGAUGAAUUGCGAGACCAUUUGGACGCGGAUUCCAGUAGGAUUAACGCUACAAACAGCAAUGGAUUGUCACCGCUCUAUUUAGCCGUGAAAGGGGGCAGUCUGUCAUGUGUUAAACUUCUCGUCUCGAAAAACGCAGAUGUGAAUAUGAUGGCUAGAUCAAGCCUGGUUGUGACAGGACCGUCGGAGGAUGCGUGGACGUUAGCUUACUCUGAGUGUGCAUUAUCACCAUUCCUUCUUGCCUGUCGACUCGGCCACCAGUCUGUAGUCGAGUUCCUGUUCUACAACGGUGCUGAUCUACGCCAGACCAGUGCCGAUGAUGAUCGCAAUUGCUUAUCCUUGGCCAUCAUGUAUAACCGGGAGGAUACUUCGAAGUUUUUGGUGACGCAUACCGAUUUCGAUACACUCUUGGUCCUUAUGAAGACGAAGUCACAUGACCUCACUUUGGGCCUGGGACGUCGAGCAUUCAAAACGUCUACGCCUAUGAGACAGCUGAUACAAUACAUGCCUGGUUUGUGAAAAAAAAGUUGCUAUGGCAGUCUCUAUUAACAUAUUAAUUGAAAAAAUGGUAUAGAUACACAGCAAAAACUGUGGUGU